CGCAGCGGGUCGCGGGCAGCGCCAGUAGCAACUAGCCAGUGGCCAGUAGUCUGCAGCGCGGCGUCCCAGCCGCACCUCUUCCGAGCGACACAGCCUAACACGGCAGCCAACCAGACGCUCUUGCUAGCGGAUUCGCACCGUUCUCGGUUAUAUCACAGAAAAUCGCCUGGUCGCCCGCCCUAGCCGUCGGCUGACAUGGCCGUCUUCUAGCUGUGGGCGCCACGUGUUAUGGGCAGCGAGCAACCGCGCCACUACCAGUCGAAUCAGCAGCCACUGCCUGGGCCGUCAACCAACAGCAUGGAGGGACAAGAAUUCAAGAAGAAGCGCGCGGCGCUGUCUCGCUGGGGCCAGUCGCGGCGGCCCGUGGCGACCGUGGCCAUCAUUGCCGUGGUCGUGCUCGUGCUGGUGGUCGUGGCGGCCGUGCUGCUGCAGGACGUCUCUCUGGGCCCGGCACGUGCGCGCCCGCCCUCCUUCCGUCUGCGGGACAUCACGGACGGCCGCUACGUGCCGCGCCCCAUCAACGCGACCUGGGUCUCAGAUUACCAAUUUCUGUACAAGGAUAUUGAUAACAGGCCUGUUCUGUACAACAUGUUCACUCAUACUGCAACACAUCUUAUCAGGAAACUAUAUUUGAUACCACUGGAUCCAGAUGUCAGCUACGAACUGUCUGGUGAUCAUCGAUUUUUACUGGUUAUACAUAACAAAACUCAGAUUCUGAAACAUUCACGUCUUGCUCAGUAUGAGAUUGUUAACAUACAAGAACAAAUUACCAUUUCACUGAGGAACAGGAAUGGGGCACCAGACAGCCAUUUAUUGCAACUAGUGGCAUGGAUACCAAAGAGCAGUGGUCUGGUUUAUGUGUACCAGAACAACAUAUAUUAUAGGCCAGCGGUACCUGCAAUUGAUGUGGAAAUUGAAUUAACAAAUACUGGCAUACCUGGCCAAAUAUACAAUGGAGUCACAGAUUUCUCCUACUAUGGGUCUAUAUUUACAAAUGAGAAAGCUUUAUGGAUUUCGCCAGAUGGAAAGAAAAUUGCAUUUGCUACAUUCAAUGACACAUAUGUAGCAAACCUUACAAUUCCAGUUUUCACACAUAAUAGCUACAGGAGUAAUAAAUAUUCACGAAAUUUUACAGUUCGUUAUUCUAAAACAGGGUCAUCCCAGCCUAUUGUCACUCUCAGUGUUCUGAAUUUGGAGACCAAGAGACAAAAUCGACCAAGCACUGUAAAAGUUCCAUUGCCAAGAGACAUACUUAGAAAUGAACCUAUUCUCUCCUCUGUAUCAUGGAUAAACAAUGAUGAGAUUGCAUCAGUAUGGCUCAACCGACUUCAGAAUAAGGCAAAAAUAUACAGAUUUAAAUACUCAGAUUAUCGACAUAUCAAUGAAAUCCUUUCAAUAUCAGAAGACAAAGGAUGGGUAGCAUUUGAUUCACCACCAUUGUUUUCGUGGAAGGGUGCAAAAAUGGUGUUUAUAAUUCCUCAAGAAGAACAUGGCAUUGGAGAAUAUUCACAUAUUGCUGCAGUACACUUAAAAGCAAAUAUGUUCAAAAAACUAACAAGAGGAAACUUUAGUGUAACAAAAAUAGUUGGCUGGGAUCAGUCCCAUCACCUACUGUACUUUAUAGCAGUCCAUGGAAGGUUUCCUGUUGUGCAACACCUAUACAGUGUAUCUGAUCAGAUGGAAGGUGCACCACAUAAUCCAUUGUGUCUUACAUGUGAUCAGAGAACAGUUUACGGAAACAUGUUUUGUUUACAUAAUGAUGCAUCAUUCAGCAUUAAUGGUACAUACUACAUUUUGAACUGUGCUGGUCCUGAUGUCCCAGAAAUUAGCUUCCACAGCAGGGAUAAUGGCUUACAGUUCUUGUGGGAAGAUAACAGAAGAAUACAAGUAGCAAUGCAGAGAAUAUUAGAAAGGCCGAGAAAGAUAUUUCAGGAAGUUGAGCUACCAUAUGGCUAUAAGGCACAAGUUAUGCUAAUUCUUCCUCCUGAGCUCAAUUACAACAAAAAUGUGAAAUAUCCACUACUGGUUCACGUAGAUGGAGCUCCAGGAAGCUCAAUGGUCACAAAUAAAUUUUCUGUUGACUGGGACACAUAUCUGUCUGGCAACAGAAGCUAUAUCAUAGCCUACAUUGAUGGUCGAGGAUCUGGAAAUAAAGGAAGUGAUAUGCUGUAUGAAAUUUAUAAGAACCUUGGAAAUAAGGAAGUAAUUGAUCAGAUAUAUGUGGUAAGAUACCUACAAAGUCAAUAUAAAUUCAUUGACAGAAGAAGAAUUGCUAUAUGGGGACAAAACUAUGGAGGAUAUGUUACUGCAAUGGCAUUAAUGAAGGAUCAUCAAAAUAUUUUUAAGUGUGGAAUAUCUGUGGCUCCUAUCACAGAUUGGAUGCACUAUGAUUCCAUAUAUACUGAACGUUUUAUGGGACAUCCAAAGAACGAAGAAGUGAGUCAUUAUGUAGACUCUGGUUUAGCCAACAAAGUUGAGAAUUUGCGGUACAAAAGAUUUUUGUUAAUUCAUGGAACAUUAAAUGAUGUUGUGCAUUAUGAACAAUCCAUGAUGUUGCUCAGAGCUCUGCAGCAGAAUGACAUACAAUUCCAACAGCAAAUCUACCCAGAUGAAGAUAACACACUGUCUGGAGUUCAGCCACAUCUCUAUCACACAAUGGAAAAAUUUCUUGUGGAAUGUUUUGAGUGACACAAUCGCUGAUUUUGACCUAUAUUUUACAUUCUUGUAAUAAACUCAAGUACCUGUACCAGGUUGUAAUAUUAAAAAUUUUAAAACUCUGAUCUAGCAACAAGCAUUUCACGAAAAUUACUGCUGCCACUAUUACAGUACAAAAUCUUUGAUAGGAUCAAAUGAUGAAAAUUGAGUGUUUCAAUUAAAGUAUAAUUUAUAACAACCAAAAACUUUCUCUAAAUGAUGUUUCAAAACUAUAAUAAUAAUGGAAUUCCUGGAUGGAAAAAACAUGUAAAAGAAAGGAAAGGCAACCACUCACCUAUAGCAAGCUGCUGAAUAGUGCCUAAAAACGAGUAACAAAGAAACAGUAUUCACAUUUGAGUUUUGUUGCUGUGUGAAUACAGGUUUUUUACGAGAUGUUUCUAUGCAACAUGCAUCAGUCUGCUAUAGGUUAGUGGUUGCCUUUCAUUUAUUUUUCGUAUGUUCCAAAAAUCGUUGUCUGUGAACAGGAUUUGCCUUAUAUAUAUUGCUAGAUGUUUGUGAAGGUUAAUUUAUGAAUUAAAUUGUAUUUAACUGUAUGAAAAAACAAACUGUAUAAACUAAACUGUGUAAAUAUGUUUUAAGGACAUUUGAAUUUUGUCGUUGUGUGGACACAAAAUUUCAAUAGCAGUACCUAGUAAAUGAAUGGUAUUUCUCAACA